CAUGAUUACUGGUGUAACUCUUUGGGUUACUCUCUAUAUUGGGCCCCAAAAAUGUAAUAUUAAACCCAUUUUUUAGUCCAAAACACAGAGUAUCGGUUCCAUGGGAAGGUUUGGGAGAAUCACCCUAAGUCACGCGACGUGGUCGUUUGUGAUUGGUUGAUUGAGAAAUAUAAAAGGUAAAUUUUUUUUUUCCUAAUUUUUUUUUCAUUCUUUCCCGAUUCUCACUCGUCUCUCUCGUCUCUCUCGUCCGUCGGAGAUAAAAGCCGAAUCAACAACCAUCGGAAAAAUCAACCGAUUACCAUCAAAUCGUUGAUUUUCCGGCUAAAUCUCGAUGGUUGUUGGUCAGACGGAGGGUUAUUGGUGACUGAAUUGGCGUAAUUGGGGUUAUCCGUUUCGAUUUGCAAUCUUUGGCGACGGCGAAUGUUUCACAGCGGUGGGAGCACGAUGGCGUACGAUUGGUGGGAUAACGGCGGAUGUCCGGCGAGCUCCACCGUCUAGCGAAUCGGUGAGAAACGGUGUGUGCGUAUCACAGAUGAAGGUGUGAUUACCAUGGCUAAUAGUUGGACCUCCCUCGAAUUUCUCAGCUUGUUUGGGAUAGUAGGAGUGACUGAUAGAUGUCUAGAGACUCUCUCGCAGACAUGCUCUGCUACACUCACCACUCUUGAUGCUAAUGGCUGCAUCGGCAUCAAGAGUAAGUUAGGAGGAGGAAGCCAGCAGCAAGGUCAGAGAGUAAGCUACAACAAGAGUAAGCUCACUCUUGGCUUACGGACAGUCAAAAUUGAUAAGGGUUUCGGGAACACAAAUGUAGCUGUGGAACAUGUCAUGUGAAGAGAAGAAGUUUGCUUGAUGUGGAACAUGUCACGGAUUUGGGAAACAUGUCACGGAUGUGGAACAUGUCACGGAUGGCUUGUGUCUUUUGCUUGUGGAACAUGUCACGGAUAGUUUGUUUGCUUGUGUCUUUGGCUUUUGAGUGUCGGUUAGGACAGUAUGGCUUGUGUCUUUUGCUUGUGGAACAUGUCACGGAUGUUUUGUUUGCUUGUGUCUUUGGCUUUUGAGUGUCGGUUAGGACAGAAAGGCUUUUGUCUUUUGGUUGUAUUUGUUUGGCAAGGACAGUCACAUGUGUAUUUGUUUCACAAGAGGACAGUCACUUGUGUAUUGCUUUUGGUUUUAUUUUAACCUGUGAAGUUGUGUGUUUGCUUGUAUCUCGAGACUUAAAGUCUAUAUAUUGAUGUAUCGUUCUUUCCCAUUUGCAACCAACUUUGCAUUGUGUUCCGAUUCUGUAUCUUUUUUUUCUCUUCACCUUUGCAUUGAAAAGAAUCAACCUCCUAUUACAAAAAAAUAUUUCUCUAUCUAUUACUCAAACUCCUAUCUUCACUACUCAACUCUAUUACUCAUUCUCUACUAAAUCCAAAUAUAAGCCUACUACUAUACCCAAGUUACCAAAAAAUGUCUAAUUGGAGUUCUGAUGAAGAAAUUGAAGAAAUGGUAGAGGAGGAGGUUGAUAGUAUAGUGGAGGAGAUCCAAUACAACUACACUCACCCAGAGGUACCACCAGCUCCAAUAAUCCGAAGAGUGCACAUUGAGAGAGACCGCGAAGAAGGCCACAUUCGAUUGUGGAAUGAUUAUUUUAGUGAUAAUCCAACUUACACUAACGCUAUGUUCCGUCGUCGCUUUAGAAUGAACAAACUAUUGUUCCUUCGUAUUGUUACCGCUGUUGAGAAUGGAGUCCCAUACUUCAGACAAAGGCGAGAUGCUACUGGAAGGCUUGGUCUUUCUGCACUUCAAAAAUGUACGUCAGCUAUUCGUUUGAUGGCUUACGGAUAUUCGGCAGAUGCGGCGGAUGAAUAUUUACGACUCGCUGAAACAACCUCCCACAAAUGCCUUCUACAUUUUGUAGAGGGAGUUAUAAAUCUAUUUGGCAACGAGUAUCUCAGAAGACCUACAGCGGAAGACCUCCAACGAUUACUGAACAUUGGAGAACAUCGCGGUUUCCCCGGAAUGAUAGGGAGCAUAGAUUGCAUGCAUUGGGAGUGGAAGAAUUGUCCCACUGCAUGGAAAGGACAAUAUACACGUGGAUCAGGUAAACCGUCAAUCGUACUAGAGGCUGUGGCAUCACAAGAUUUAUGGAUUUGGCACGCCUUUUUUGGACCACCGGGUUCGUUAAAUGAUAUCAAUGUCUUGGACCGCUCCCCGGUGUUUGAUGAUAUCCUACAGGGCCGAGCUCCGAGAGUUAGAUACUUUGUCAAUGGACGGCAAUACAACAUGGCGUACUACCUCACAGACGGUAUCUAUCCCAAAUGGGCAACUUUCAUCCAAUCUAUUACACUUCCACGUGGUCGAAAAGCAAAACUCUUUGCUCAAUGGCAAGAAGGAUGUCGUAAAGAUGUAGAGCGUGCAUUUGGAGUCUUGCAAGCUCGAUUUGCAAUCGUGAAGAAUCCUGCACUUUUCUGGGAUAAAGGAAAAAUAGGAAAAAUAAUGAGAGCAUCUAUCAUCCUGCAUAACAUGAUAGUGGAAGACGAACGACAUGACCACAAUUUCUACGAUCCAACAGAAUUCCAUCACAGAGAAGGAAGCGGAAGUUCUCAAGUCGAUUUAUCAUAUUCUACAGAUACGCCAACAAAUCUACAUAAUAUGAUGGUCACUCGAAAUGAUGUUCAUGAUACAGAAAUGCAUGAUCUUUUGCAAAAAGACUUGAUUGAGCAUAUCUGGCAAAAAUUUGGUGCAACCGCACAUCGUAUCAACAUUCUCACAAAGCCACCGAAUAGUUUGGGUUUGGGGGAUGAGAGAAUGGCCUUGUGGUGCCGCCCAAACAGAAUCGAGGCCAUUAGGCCAAAUGGGUAUCCCAAACUCACAUAUCCCACCACUUGCUCUACUUGCUCCACCGCUGAUCCUGCGAUUGGUGCACCUGAAAUAGAGUCAUAA